AUGGAAGAAGACCAACAACACUUGAUCAAAUUAAUAGCCAACCAAUAUGCAAAUUAUUAUUCAUUCUCAAAUAGCACAAAUGAACAAGCCCACCAAGUAGACAACACCAUAGAGAACAUGCUUGCUCGAAUAGAUGAAUUUGGUGCUUUUGUUGAAACUAUUAAAACAGAUACUGACAAGACAGAAAAGGUAUUAAUACCUCUUUUAGUAGAAAGAAGUAAUCAAGUUCAACAAUUGUUUCCACUGAUAGAUCAAUUACAAACACUUUGUAAUGACAUUUCUAAAAAUCUAAAUACUAUUGAUGAAAGAAUCAACCAUGCAGAGAAACAUCUAUCAAAUGUUAUCUCUUCAACUCCUACCUCAAACACUUCUAACCCUUUGAAAUGGGUACUAUCAAAUCUACAACAACAAAAAGAAGAAGAUGAGAUUUUACAAUAUUUAAAUGCACAACAACAACAGCAACUACAACAAAAAGAACAACAACAACAACAACAACAACAACAACAACAACAACAAGUAAAAGAACCAUUCCAACAUAUCAAAACUCACAACACAUCGGAUUUCUUUAAGAAAUUAAGAAGUGAAAUGCAACAGGUCGAAUCAAAAUCAUUCGAUUUACCUCCAACAACAACAACAACAACAACAACAACAUCAUCCUAA